AUGCCUCCGAAAACCACAGCAAAAGGUGGGAAAGGUGGAAAAGGAGAUUCUAAAGCUGUAUCGAAAGCACCAAAGAAGAAGGAAGGCGGAGGAGGUGGUAAGGCUAAGAAGAAGAAGUGGUCCAAGGGAAAAGUUAGGGAUAAAUUAAAUAAUAUGGUCCUUUUCGAUAAAGCAACUUAUGAAAAGCUCUACAAAGAGGUUAUUACAUAUAAACUCAUUACACCGUCUGUAGUAUCAGAAAGAUUAAAAAUUCGUGCAUCUUUAGCUAAACAAGGACUUCGAGAACUUCUUGCAAAAGGAAUGAUUAAAUGUGUCGUCCAUCAUGGUGGUCAGCUCGUAUAUACAAGGUGCACUAAAGCUGAUGAUACUGUUGUUGAAUAA